CUUGUGUUCACACCGUCUGAUGUAGAUUUUAGCCUCCAGGUUACAUACGAAGCUGUGCACAUCUUUUGUUUCUUGCUUCAUCAGGCCAUCGAGACUUUGGCAAAUUUACUGUCCCGCCCCAGCAGUCGUGUUUCUUGAAACUGGCAUACGCUUUUGGGGGUCAUCACGAGUCUUUUUGUCCCUGGCUCCAUAACUAUCCCACACAGUGAUACAAAGAACAGACGUUUUCAAAGAUCAUAGCAUUGAUUCAUAAAUUAUUUACACCGAUGGAUCCUUCCCGUUCAAGGCUGGGCGAUCCAGCCCACCGGAGCCACCUGAGACGGUCUUGUAAACACCCCACCCACCCGGUCAUAAUGAACCCUUCAGUAUGACUAUUACGCUGUAAAUUAUGGGGUACACAACUUUCUCCAACCAAUCCAGAAGGACCGGACCGCGAAGUUACACGCAUCGGGCAUGGUUCCGAGUACGAAUCCGAGGCUCAGUCUGUUUCAAGGAAAGUUAACGGCGGCCUUGGAGGAUCUGUACAUGUUAUGCAUAAACUGCUCGCGAACUCUAGACUUCCGACCGACUCGUCCUUCAAGCUCCGAAGUCCGAGGAAGCCAAAAUGUCCAGAUAGUAUAUAAGGAAUCGAGGUACCUACCUCGAAAUUAUUCUUCAUCUCAUCUCAUCUCAUCUCUUCACAGCUCAAGAACAUCAACAACAACUACAACCACUCCAAUCAACUUCAAUAGAACCGGUUUCUAACUCAAUCCAUCCAUCAAAAUGCCUUACCUCGCAGUCAUCCAGCCACCCAUUCCCGAGGAGCACAAGGAUGGAUUCCUUGCACAGUGGCCAUCCACCGCCGCCCAGAUCCUUGCCAUCCCAACAGUCCUUGGGAUCUCAGGAGGCCUAGUUGUAGGCGAGAAUGGAGCACCUACUUCUGGGUUCAAGUUCUUUGAAACAGUUGCUUUCGCAACUCUGGAAGACGAGAAGGCAUUCGCAGACUCGGAAUUCGCAAAGGAGGCAGCCAAGAAGUGGGCUGAGAAGUCGGGAGGUGCUCCCCUACCAAAACACACUCUGUACGAGUGCGACGAUUUCCCAACGGAUCGCGCGCCAAAGGCGUUCACGCAAUUCUCACAGUUGGCUGGUGUGGACGCAGCGAAGGGUGCAGAGGUCAAGAAAGCGUGGGAAGACCUGGCAGCUGUUCUGGGCAAGGAGACCUGGGGUGGAAGAGCAGUUGAUGGAGCGGGCGGAAUUGGACUGAUUGGCUGGGAUAGCGCAGAGGAGGCAGCAGCUGCGUACAAGAACCCAGCAGCUAAGGCUGCGCUGGACAAGUACCAAAGCUUCGGCGAGGUCAAGGAUUACCUGAUCAAGAUGGAGUAUUCCAAGUAGUGGACUGGACAACAGGACCCCAUGCUCAAAAAGUAACACAGGCUUGGAUGCGAUGCGAAAGAUGUUCGGGUAGCUUUGCUGGAACAAAGAAAUGAAAAUGCU